CUGAAUGCUGAGGCUUUCAAGAUGGUCCUCCUCAACAUCCUUAGAACCCUUCUUCUUUGGGGACUGGUAUUUUUUAUGGAACACAGGGUCCAAAUGGCAAGGGUCGGACAGCCCUCUUUUGCUCUCCUGACUGAGGCCCCCACCUUGCCCCUAAUUCAGGAGCUGCUAGAAGAAGCCCCUAGCAAGCAGCAAAGGAAGCCACGGCUCCUAGGACUUCCCCUGCGGUACAUGCUGGAAUUAUACCAGCGUUCAGCUGACCCACAGGGACACCCGAGGGAGAACCGCACUAUUGGGGCUACCAUGGUGAGGUUGGUGAGGCCCUUGGCCAGUGUAGCAAGGCCACUCAGAGGUUCCUGGCAUAGACAGACCCUGGACUUUCCUCUAAGACCAAACCAAAUGGCUUACCAACUAGUCAAAGCCAUCGUGGUUUACCGCCACCAUCUCCACCUAGUUCAUUUACACUUCUCCUGCCAUGUGGAGCCCUGGGUCCAGAAAAGCCUAACCAAGCAUUUUCCUUCUUCAGGAGGAGGUUCUUCAGAGUCUUCCCUUCUUAACAAAGCUUGGACAGAGAUGGACAUCACACAACAUGUUUGGCAAAGGCUCUGGAAUCAAAAGGGGCGCAGGGUCCUACGACUCCACUUUAUGUGUCAGCAGCAAAAAGAUAGUGAGAUUCUUGAGCUCCGGUGGCAAGGGACUUCAUCCAUGGACACUGCCUUCUUAUUACUCUAUUUAAACGACACAAAUAAAAGUGUUCAGAAGGCCAUACUUUACCCCAGAGCCUUGGAGGAGUUUAUGGAAAGGGAAUCAUCUCUUCUAUCACGGAAGUCCCGGCAAACAGGCAGCAUUGCAUCUGAGGUUCCUGGCCCCUCCUGGCGAUAUGAUAGGCCUGAACAGAACCAGUGUUCCCUCCACACUUUUCAAGUCAGCUUCCACCAGCUUGGCUGGGAUCACUGGAUCAUUGCUCCCCAUCUCUACACCCCAAACUACUGUAAGGGAGCCUGCCCUCGGGUGCUACGCUAUGGUCUCAAUUCCCCCAAUCAUGCCAUCAUCCAGAACCUUGUCAAUGAGCUGGUGAACCAGAGUGUCCCACAGCCCUCCUGUGUCCCUUAUAAGUAUGUUCCCAUUAGCAUCCUUCUGGUUGAGUCAAAUGGGAGUAUCUUGUACAAGGAGUAUGAGGAUAUGAUUGCCCAGUCCUGCACAUGCAGGUGA